CUCUUCCUCAGCUCGUGUGGAGUGGCAUCUGAGUACCGGUGUGGAAUUGCCUGCCCGAUGCCCGGCCCCCGACCAAUCGCGAGGCGUGGGGGCGUGGCCUCAGGUAGGACUGAAAAGCUGAGGGUCCGGCUCAUUGGCUCAGAGGAGGGAGAGGACCCUGGAGAGAGAGAGUGGCGCACGCCCAGCUAGAGCGGGAGAGAGUGAGGCGAACCGCUGUGAAGAACUGAACCCUGUGAACACACGCCGCUGCGAACACCACCCUCAGCGCCCACCAACACCAGCACCACCACCACCACCCGCUCAUCCAACAGCACCGCAAAAUAAAGUACAGUCAGACGCUCGGUCAGUUGGUCAGACGCGUGUGGGCUUGGCUACAGGGCAGGAGAGGUGACGAUGGAGCCAGGGGUGGAGCUGAAGGAGGGGGAGGUCUCUGUGGAUGAGGGGGCGGGGUCCAUCAAAAACAGGGCGGGGCCUGUGGUGGAGACAGUGACAGCCAAUGGGUCCCCCAAGGAGAGCGUCGCCAAGCUUACAGCUGAGCAACUGGCUGCUAUCGAGGACGAGGAAGCCCUGGACAGGAUGUUGGAUGAGACGACGGAUUUUGAGGAGAGGAAGCUGAUCCGGGCCGCCAUGAGGGAGCUGCGUAAGAAGAAGAGAGAGGUUCUCUUAGGACUCUCUCAGCAGGACACAGACCAGAGAGAGCAGGAGCGCACCUCUCGACAGCAGCCGAAGGAGGAGCAGAAGGUGGAGCUGAAGGUUCGGCCAGGAGGGGGCGAUGCAGGUGGGGUGCUGAAGAAGUUUGAGAAGACUACUGACAGCAGUGCACACAAAGGGGCAGUGCCAACUCAGCUUUCCUCCUCUUCCACCAGCAAAAAGAAAGUGGGCAGUAUUUUCGACCGGCAGGAUGACAGCCCUUUGCACGGAGGCGGCGGCGGCGGCGGCAGCAGCGGGCUGAAGGAGCUGGAGAGGCGGCAGGCGGAGAGACGCAAAGAGCUGAUGAAGCCCAAAUCCUCCGUCACCCCGACCCGCCAGGCCGUGAUCCAGAAACUGGAGAGGGCGGGCGGAGGCACGGGACUGCCUGUGAGCCAGGUCUGCAAAAUAUCACGCUCCCCUGGGUCUGGUGUCCCCAACAGUAAAAACGUCAAACAGAUGCUGCUGGACUGGUGCCGGGCCAAGACCCAUUCCUAUGAGAACGUGAACAUUCAGAACUUCUCCUCCAGCUGGAGCGAUGGCCUGGCGUUCUGCGCUCUCGUUCACCACUUCUUCCCCCACGCCUUCGACUACUCCUCCCUCCAGCCCACGGACCGCAGACACAACUUUGAGACGGCCUUCAGCGCGGCUGAAACGCUAGCGGACUGCCCGGCCCUCCUGGACGUGGAGGACAUGGUUCGCAUGCACGAGCCUGACUGGAAGUGCGUCUACACCUACAUUCAGGAGUUCUACAGGAACCUCGUGCAGAAGGGGCUGGUCAAAACCAAAAAGUCCUGCUAAAGACACUCCCCUGCCCCCCUCACCCUGUGCCCCGUCUCCUUCACGCUUAAGGAUAGGCCUCAUGCUGGAUAUGGGGGAAUGGUGAUCCGUAUGGCGGCUGGAAGCCGGACUGUGGAGUUGUGCGUUCACCCGUGCAUCUCAGCGGAAGGCUUAUCUGCUGCGGUCCCUCCGACUCCUGGCCAGAGGUGCAAGGUCCAGGGGGCAGAAGGUUAAAGUCCCGCCAUGUGUUUCUUCCACCUAUUAACUCAUUCAGCUGAUUUCACUAAUUUGUUCCACCUCCUUGCUGAAGAAUUGCGCUCAUUAGAAAAUCCAGGAGAUUGGAAGAAAAUACUGGGGGGGACUUUUACCUUCUGAACCUGGAUUGUACCCCCCUGCUUCUGACCCCAGGUGCUCUAGCAAACUCCCCCCCCUACCCCCUCACCUUUAGCAGACUCUGUCCCUCUUUCUUUUCCAACCAUUAAGACUGGCAGAGAGAGGCGAAUGGGACAAGCACACAAAAUGUGUCUGAAAGAAUCUCUAAGGAAGGGAGAAAGACAAAGAGGCUGAAGCUCUCUCUUGAUUUCUCUGCAUUGCUACUUGAACCCUCUCCAAACAGUUCCCUUGCUAUUAUACGCCAGUUAUUAAAUUAACCUUCUUUUACGAAAUACAGGUCAGCGGGAGAAAUGUGUUCCCUUUUUCAGAAGCAAGGAAAGAGCUUCAUGUUUUAGAUUGACACAUUAGCACAGGUGUGAGGAGGGUGUCUUACAUGUAUUAUCUUUGUAUCAUGAUAAAUUUGCCUGGGCUGGUCGUUGUAUGUCAAUCGCUGACGAACGGGUUCUACUUUCAGUCUGUAAACACUGCAUGCUCUGUGAGAUUGCACUUUCCUUAAUGUACAACGGACCCCACUGGGAGCAGCCUAGGGAAAAGGAAAAAAAAACAUUUCCUCUCAGCCACCAUUUCAAUAGGCUGUCUAUUUAAGCACUGCACACUACUGAAGUUAGCAGCUGUGAUUUACCUGGUGAAUAGCGGGGUCGGAUCUGACCUUUCGGCAUCUGCAAUUCUGAAAGGAAACCUCUGAGAUGUACCCUUUCUGGGAAGAGAGUUCAAAUAUUGAUACAACUUCAUUGCCUGUCUCUGAAGCGUAAUUGGGCAGCGGUCCCCCGAAGUCAGUCCUGUGUGGUUUACACUAGCUCUAUUGCAUUGCCGUUAUAUCUCGUGUAACUGUUCUUCACACCACAUCCUAAUGAGAGUGUUCUAAAUAAACGCAUCAACUGAUUAAAACGGUUUGUUGUUCCGUUUCAAACUGUUGAAGUGCAUUAGGAAAACUGUUGGCACCAAUGUUUGAAUGAGUCAUCAUGUAGAACUAUAAUUCUUACAGAGAAAAUUGGACUUGGCUGAGUUUACUUGUUCGAGUGUAAAUUAAUCGUAUAUGACAAAAUUUGUGGCUGUGUGUUUAUGUUUAUGUGUGCGCGCGCUCGCGCGCCAUUGUUAGCUUGUUUUGUUUUUAUCACGUGUGUGAACAUCAAAGCAAAAUAUAUCCAUCAAAAAAAUUAAAAUGACAUUUAAAUUC